GGCUCCCAGCCAGCCGGCCCCGGAGAGCCUCUGCCCCGUCACACCCCCGCCCCCCCCAGGGCAGCCAGCCGCGGCCCGAGUCCCAAGUCCAGAGGCGGGGGAGGCAGGAGGGACCCGGCCGUCCAGCCAUGUCGGUGCGCAGGUCCCCGCUCUUCCUGUGCGCCCUGGCGCUGGCCGUGGCGCUGGCCCCGGGGGAGGUGGUGGAGAAAGGGGCCGGCGGCGGGCAGCCCCCUCCGGGGCCCGAGGCGGAGGAGCCGGGCUGCCCCGUCUGCCUGUGGCGGAAGCACAGCAAGGAGAUGCGGCUGGAGAGCAUCAAGUCGCAGAUCCUGAGCAAGCUGCGACUCAAGGAGGCGCCCAACAUCACCCGGGAGGUGGUGAACCAGCUGCUGCCCAAGGCGCCCCCGCUGCAGCAGAUCCUGGACCUGCACGACUUCCAGGGCGACGCGCUCCCGCAGGACGAGUACCUGGAGGAGGACGAGUACCACGCCACCACCGAGACUGUCAUCAGCAUGGCCCAGCGCACGGACCCGGUGGUGCAGAUAGAGGGGAACCCCCACUGCUGCUACUUCAACUUCAGCCCCAAGAUCAUGUUCACCAAGGUGGUGAAGGCCCAGCUGUGGGUGUACCUGCGGCCCGUGCAGCACACCUCCACCGUCUACUUGCAGAUCCUGCGCCUCAAACCCGUCACCGAGGAGGGCAGCCGCCACAUCCGCAUCCGCUCCCUCAAGAUCGACCUCCACUCCCGCCUCGGCCACUGGCAGAGCAUCGAUUUCAAGCACGUGCUGCAGAACUGGUUCAAGCAGCCGCAGAACAACUGGGGCAUCGAGAUCAACGCCUUUGACCCCAACGGCAACGACCUGGCCGUCACCUCCCUCGGCCCCGGAGCAGAAGGGCUGCAUCCCUUCAUGGAGCUCCGUGUGCUGGAGAACAACAAGCGCUCGCGGCGCAACCUGGGGCUGGACUGCGACGAGCACUCCACCGAGUCCCGCUGCUGCCGCUACCCGCUGACUGUUGACUUUGAGGCCUUCGGCUGGGACUGGAUUAUUGCCCCUAAGCGGUACAAAGCCAACUACUGCUCGGGCCAGUGCGAGUACAUGUUCAUGCAGAAGUACCCGCACACCCAUCUGGUGCAACAGGCCAACCCCCGGGGCUCAGCCGGGCCCUGCUGCACCCCCACCAAGAUGUCCCCCAUCAACAUGCUUUACUUCAACGACAAACAGCAGAUUAUCUACGGGAAGAUCCCGGGCAUGGUGGUCGACAGAUGCGGCUGCUCUUAAAACCCAGCCGGAGCUCCCCCAGCCCCGCUCCUGUGCUCCCGGCCAACCAGCAAGUGUCAUCUUUGCUUCCCCCCUUUUUUAUAGAUAUAAAAAGAACGAACAUUAAAAUGCUUUUGUGAAUGUCGGGAGAGGGGGGAGAGACAGAACCCCCCAAGAAAAACAAACCAAACCCAAACUCUCCCGCGCUUCGCCAUGCACUGUGCAAUAAGCAAACGUCCCCACACGGGGGGGGGGGCAGCUGGGGUACCGCUUUCCUCCCAAGGCAAGUCUGCAAAGGCAUUAUUCCCCGCCCCUCAACCCCACCCGGCCAUCGGCAGCAGCGAGCAGCUGCGACUCAGAGAGGUGUCUCUUACCGGGGUUUGGUUUUCGGAGGACUAGCCGGUCCCUGGGCGGCCUGGGAGUGAAAUGGUUAAUGCCGAGAUGGCAGGACAGCAACUCUUCAACCGUUUACAAGCAGUGGAAGCUUUCUAUGUGUUUAAGUUAAAAACAAAAAAUCAGAACAAUUGUAUGGAGUUGGAGCGCCGACAGAAACACACAGGAUAUUUUGUACAGAACGAGAGAAGAACCGAAGAACAAAGCGGCCUGGUAAAAAGGAAAGAUACCCUGGAUCACUGGCCUUUUCUUCCAGUGGUUUUGUUUCGGGGGGGGACGGGAGAGGAGAUUUCAGCUGCCUGCCCUUUGAGAGAGAGAAUUCCCCUGGCAGGGCUCCUGGCUGCAGCCAGCGUGUGCUGCGGAGAGCUAGGAGGGGACAUGGAGGGCUGGGGCUGCAUUGCUAAUGUUGGAAAGUCUGAUCCUGCUGGCCCAGCACAAGUUAAACUGUCUGAUCUGAUUGCACCGCCUGGCCCAGAGCAGGUGCCAUGAGCCCAGAUUAUGGUCAGGCUCCCUGAUCUCAUUGUUCCUUGUCAAUCUGCUCCAGAGCAAACUCACCCCAAUCCCAUCACCCCUUGUGCACCCCAGUGCCCUCAUCCCAUCACCCCUCAACACCCCAACCCCUGACACCCCUCUGCAUCCCAAGCCCCCAUUACCCCUGCAUACCCCAAGCCCCUUGUGCACCCUGAAUGCGCCCAUCCUGGCAUCCCAGCAUCUCUUGAACUCCCCACCACCCCAUCUCAGCCCGAAUCUUUCCAUCCUGGCACCCCAGCACACCCAUCUCACCAUCCCCUGUGCACCCCAAACUCCCUGAUCCCAUUGUACUGCUAGAGACGAGCUGGUAGGGACGACAGGCUCCAGCUCCUGUCCGGGCCAAGCUUUGAUCCUAAUAUGGUGGGGGGUGGGAGUUCUUGGCUGCGAGAGGACUGCAGGAGCAGGUGAAGGAGUCCAGCAAGCCCCCACAGCCCCACUCCCACAGGGUGCCGUGCAUGCCACUAGUGCUAGAACGCUGGCCGCACGGGCCCGGCCUGGAAGGAGACAGCUUCCCGCGGUAACUUAUUUAUUUAUUAAUUAUUCUGCUUGUGAGAAUUCACAGUUCGCCUGGCUACUGCACUAGAAAAGCAUGUGGCCUCCCAGCUCACCUAGACAGAGCCGUGUGAAUGGCUGUGGCUUUUAAUGCACUUACAUAAACCCUUUUCUUGCUGUCUUCGGAAUCACCAAAUAACCCCCUGCCCCACACUAGGUCUGAGAUUCUGGCCUAAACCCCACAGCCCACCAGGGAUAGCCUGCCAGGGUUAACAACAGACUGAGAGCCCACUAGCACACGCGGAGGAAAGCCAGAUGAUCUGUCCCAAGCAGGUGUGUGAGGGAUGGGGAAUCCUGGCUCCUGGAUGCUCCACUUGCAUUCCCAGCCAGGUGGAGGCCAGAACAGGAGCAGUCUCUGCCUGCGGAAGUCUCUUGAAGGGCAGUUGUGGAAGCACCGUUCCCUAGGCUGUGUACACAAAGCAUUAGGAACAGACUGGAGGGAACAAUCCAGCCCUGAACGUAUGGGCUGUUUGGAUGGACUAGGCAGGAUCUCUCAGGGCUUUUCCAUCACUGAGAUCUGUGAAGAGAGUCACAGGGACGAACAUGGCUUGAUGUGCUUCCAUGAUGAACCCUAACGGGCCAUGGAGCUUUGUCCCAACGCCCUGGCGAGAGGUUUGCUGGGUUCGGCCCAGGCCCCAGUCUUUGUGGUGGUCUCGGUCUCCAGACGCCAUGGGAGCCAGGCAGGCAGCAGUGCACAGCGUAGGAGGCUCAGUGCUCUGGAUGUGAGGAGGAACUGAGCCCAGUUGUGCAGUCGGUGUGUGGAUCCCGACCGGCUCCUGGCACAGGGGCAGUUCUGGAGAGAUUCUCUGCUAUCUGGCUCAAGCAAUCAGGCUGCCAAUGAUUUGCCUCUUGGUUGCUGCUUUGCAUUCAGCCCAGGGACCAGACAUGGUCCCCCCAACUGGAUGCCCCUGUGUGAAGUGAGUCAGGGAGUCCUGGUGGAAAACCCACCAUUGCAGUUGGGAUUCACUAGUCUAUUUGCUGGCACCAGAGAGCUCUUGGAAACGGAGCAUCUCCAAGGUUGGCUGGUGGGGUGGCAUAGGGCAAGCUCCCCAGUCUGUGGGUUCAGCCAGCCUUGCACUUCCAUGGACAUUACCUUCUUGGUCAAAAAGUGGAUCACUAUUCAGGAAAACAGGAAGCUUCAUCCCGCUGCCCUGAGGAGAGCCUGGGGUUUGUUACUGGUGUGCGGCAGGAUGGACGCAUAUGGGUCGAGUUUAUCUCUAAAGGAGGAAAACUUGGCCAGAAACCCUGGCCGCGGAGAAUUUUGCUGAUGAAGCACAUUUGCUUCCCACUCUGCCCUCGCUGUUUGGAUUAUUACUAAGAACAUUUGCACAAAAACAGGAUCCUUGUUUCGCAAGAGUUCAUUGGCUCCUGCUGCUUGGGACUGCCCCCCACCCCCGCCCGUGCCAUCGGGAGGAUGCAAACAGAAUCCGUGGGUUGCCAUCUCUGAGCUGUCAUGGGGCAGUGUCCCCGGCGCCGAGCUGACGGACCACGGGGGAGUUGGAUGAUGUUCCACUGCAGAUGUCAGACCAAGACCCUGAUGCCUCAUGGUCAUUAAAACCCCUGGAGCACAACACUUCCCACGCUGGGUCGGCAGAGACCUGGCUCCUCAGCCUGCUGCCAGCUACAGAACUGUGUGAAGCUAAAAAUCCCUCAGCUCUUUCGCCCCAUUCCUUUGCCAUGGACACAUCAGUGUAGUGGGCACAGGGCGAGGCCAGGCCAGCGACUGGGGAGGGAGCUGUUGGUGAGAUGCUGCCUGUGUGAGUGGGGCCCACUGGAAGGAAAAGGCCGGAGAGUUCCCGCCCCUAGCACUUAUCUUGAGUCUGGCAUGCUGGCCAAAUUCCAGCGGGGCCUCUCUAAGCUCCUCUCAGGGGUCAACUGGAGCCAAUGCCUCCUUGCUUUCCUCUCCCGAUACCGUGUGCAGGUACUGGGGCAGAAAGGCUGCCAGGUAGACCCGCCUUUUCCCCGGGGCUGGGGCCUCCCUGGCUCUAGGUAUACACCCUACAAAGCACUUAGGGGUGGGUCAGGAUGAAAGAGGCUCUGGGAAUAGAUCUCUUUGAUCCUGCUAUCUGCCACUGCUAGAGAGAUCAGUUCUGCUCCAGCUGAGCUACUGACUCCAGGGGAGCAGGAUGGGCCCACAACACUUAGCACUUGUCUCCUGCUUUUUGCCCGUGGAUCUCAAAGCGCUUUACAAAGGGGAUGGCCCCCGCUCGACAGAGGGAGAACUGAGGUGCAGAGAGAGGAUGUCACCGUCCCAGUGUCGCACAAAGAGCCAAUGGCAGAACCAGCUGCAGACCGCAGAUCUCCUGGCUCCCAGUCCAGGCCUUAGCCCCUGGGCUGCCGCCUUGCUCCUUAGCACUUAUAGACUGUAGCGCUUUACGUUUUCAAAGCACUGUUCAUAGAUUAACUAACUUACUGAGCCCAUGAGCUGGUUCUAGCCAGGCUGUUAACCUAGGCUAAGGAUGGGCAAUGAAAGGGAUCAGGCUGAGCUCCUACUAGAGAAAGGAAGGAAACACCGACCCUUUGCCACUUUGAGGUGCCUCCUGUAUUCCAUCCGCCUGACUCUCAUCCUCCUGGCUCAUUAGCCCCCCACUGCCGAAGCAGGCUGGGCUUUUCUGCUGCACACCAGCCAACUGAGGUCUGCAGUUUGUGCUCUUGGCAGGACAAGAAAGCGUUUUACGUUCACUGCCAAGGGAGGCCUGGGCAGGGCAGGGUCGGAAAGGAGAUCAGAAUAUUGUCUGGUUUCAAGGAGGGGUCAUUAAAGCAACAGGAAGCCAUGAACUCUGAGGACCCAGAGAUCCUGUUUUCAUGCUGAAGCCCUGAGCGACAGAGAGCCAGAUCUUAGUCUCGUUAGAAGAACCUGUCCCUCCGAUGUGGCUAUGAUCCAAAGUGGCACCUUCUGACUUGGCAUCCCUGUCCCCUUUCUCUCCUGUGACAACCACACAGCCCCAGCCCAGCUGUAAAGGAGUGAGAAGGAUUCACAGCCUGCCUCGCGCAUCACCGCAGCCACAACCGCCAGCUUCUGACCAUGGAGCAGAGAGAGAGGAAGGGCCCAGUGGGGCGACAGGUUUAUAGGGUCAGCGAGCGGCCAGGGAGCCCUGCAACGGUACCUGAGUGGCUGCAUUGCUGGUUCUCAUGAAGAGGCAGCGCUGGAAUCUACACCUGCAAAGAACCUUCUGAGCUCCGGAGGAAGCAGCCAACCGAGCCAGGAGCUGACUGGCCAAUUCUCAUGCUCCCUGCAGUCCACUGCUGCUUUAUUCUGCCUGGGAAUCAUUUUCCCAUCUGGCAUCUGAAGCAGGGACAAGGAAACAGCCCCUGCUCCUCUGUGAAUUCUGCUGCUGGGGACCUUCUGUUCUCUUCAUACCUUAGCAUGAUGCUUCCCAGUCCAGGCAUGGAGGGCAGCCCCCGUUUGGGGGUCUAAGAACACACCUCUUCCUCUUCCUAACAGAGAUACCCUCUGCCCCUCUGGAACAGCAUGACCGAGCAAAAAGGAACCGGAGCAGCUUUGCAUCUAACCCCUCACAGUAUGCCUCAGUUGGAAGGACCCAAGAGAUAGUCCUACCCCAGUGAGCAUGUACUAAGGUAUUCAGAGUAUGAAGGUCUGGGCUGCAUGGGUCUAGCAGUUAGACCAGGUGAUUGGGAGUCAAGGCACCUGGAUUUCUUUCUUGCUGUUGUCCUUUUGGGGAGCUGCUUCCCCAGCUGUGCCUGUUUCCCCCUGUGAAAUGGGGCUCACCCCUGCCUUGCAGCCUGUGGGGAAAUGGAGGUGUAAAAAGGGAAAGUGGCUGGCAGGAAUCACUGGCUCUGUGCUUCUCCCACAAGACCCUGCUCUAGGAACAACCAAGUGCCAUGAAGGCAGUGUUUCAGGAGUGGUCAUGCUCAAGGAAACAGCUCUAACAGUAACCUGGCAGGUCUCUAGUUUUAUCCCGCUUCCUGUUUGCUCGUCUCGUACGGGGAAGGUUCAUUUUCUAACCACCACCGCCCGGGCUCUGGCUGCUUCCAGCAUUGUCACUGGGAACGACGCUUCAGCGAUCUGGAGGCGAUGGGUUAUCCCGCUGCUGCUGCUCCCCUCACUCUCCUGGAGCUGGGCUGGCUUGCCAAGAGACAGCAUUCAGCGUCUAGGAGGCAAACCACUCCUUGCCAACAUGCCUGGAGAACAUUGUUUCCCAAGCCCAGCUAAUCUGUUCAAUACCUUUGCCCAGAACCCCUCUCUAAAGCUGCGCAGGUCAACCUGGGAUUGGACGAUUGUUACAUACUUGAAUCCACUCCAGUUUUAAGAUGGAGACAUUCUUAGGGGACCUGAGCUAUGGAACUGGGCCACAUACUUGCCAUCAUGUGCCCCGUCGCCACGAGGGAGCAGAGGGAGGAGUUAGCGUGAAUGACGAGACUAUUUCUGACUAAGUACAGUUUCCUGUUGGUGGCCUCACUCAGACAUGGAGGGGGAAAAUGUUAACCCAGAGAUCAGAGAUGGAAAAGACCAGUUAGAUUUAUGGGGGAAGGAUUGUUCCCCACAGGACAUUUCUAAUGCUUCCCCAAGGCUGUUUUGAAAGGCUCUGAGCAAUGGGCUAUCCCAGGAUAGCUCAGGUAUGUCCUGCUCACAGCAGCCAAGGGAGCUCUCGAGCAACCUUCUAACUACAGCUGAGAUCAGUCCUUCAUGCUAACUACAGGCUUGGGAGGUCGGCUAGGAGACAGAGAACAGGACCAGGACC